CUAUGCUCACCUUCAUUAUCAGCAGCAAAUUCAGCUCACAACACUUUCCUUCAUUGCCUUGUAAACCAUUCUUCUGACCUUUCUCACCCCAUAACUUCAUCAAUCUUCACACCAAACAAUGCUUUAUUCUCUUCAGUGUUGCAAUCCUACAUUAGAAACCUUCGUUUCAACACCACCACAACAAGAAAACCAUUCCUUAUAAUCACCGCAUCACAUGUAUCUCAUGUGCAAUCAACCAUUGUUUGUGCACAAAAGCACAACAAGCUGAUGAAAAUCCGCAGUGGCGGCCAUGAUUAUGAAGGGGUGUCUUAUGUGGCAGAGGAGCCAUUCUUCCUCCUAGACAUGUUCAACCUCAGAGCCAUUGAGAUUGACAUAGAAACUGAAACAGCUUGGGUCCAAGCUGGUGCAACACUUGGUGAGAUCUACCAUAGUAUUGCUCAGAAGAGCAAAAUUCAUGCUUUCCCUGCAGGUACAUGUCCCACUGUUGGUGCUGGAGGACACAUAAGUGGUGGUGGCUAUGGAAGCCUAAUGAGAAAAUAUGGUCUUUCAAUUGACCAUGUUAUUGAUGCACAAAUAGUUGAUGCUCAAGGUAGAGUUCUUGAUAGAGAAUCCAUGGGUGAAGAUCUCUUUUGGGCUAUUAGAGGUGGUGGUGGUGCUAGCUUUUGUGUGAUUCUUGCUUUCAAACUAAAGCUAGUUAGAGUUCCUGAGAAAGUCACUGUUUUCCAAGUUGAGAGAACAUUGGAGCAAAAUGCAACUGAUAUAGUUUAUGAUUGGCAACAUUUUGCACCGUAUACUGAUUCCAAUCUUUUCAUCAGGGUUGUUCUUGAUGUGGUAAAUGGAACACAAAAGGGAAGAAAAACUGUGAGGGCUAGUUUUACUUCAUUGUUCCUUGGUGACUCAAAAAGCCUUGUUUCUCUCAUGAGUGAGGCAUUUCCUCAAAUGGGUUUAAGGCAACAAGAUUGCAUUGAAACAACAUGGAUUGAAUCAGUUCUGUUCUGGACUGAUAUCAAGAUUUCAACACCUGUUGAGAUCUUGCUUGAUAGAAUGCCACAAUCACUUCACUCAUUGAAAAGAAAAUCUGAUUACAUAAAGGUACCGAUUCCCAAAGAGGGCUUGGAAGGGCUAUGGAAGUUGAUGAUUGAGUUUGAGGACACAAUCCUUUAUGGCCAUCCUUAUGGUGGAAGAAUGGAUGAGAUUCCAUCAUUUGAAACUGCUUUCCCUCAUAGGAAAGGGAAUCUAUGGAAGCUUCAGUACCAAGCAAAUUGGAACAAGGAAGGGAAAGAUGUUGCUGAUUACUACAUAGACUUGACCAGGAAACUUCACAAGUACAUGACUCCUUUUGUGUCCAAGAACCCUAGAGAGGCUUUCUUCAAUUACAAGGAUCUUGAUUUGGGAAUUAACCAUAAUGGUGAGAACAGCUAUGUUGAAGGUAGGGUUUAUGGUUAUGAGUAUUUCAUGGAUAACUUCAAUAGGUUGGUUCAAAUUAAGAACAAGGUUGAUCCUUCCAACUUCUUUAGGAAUGAACAGAGCAUCCCUACUCUACCUUAUGAGAUGAUAUUAUUCAAUGAUGCUUACUCAAAAUUAUUCAUUGAUUUGUAGUUUUUUAUUAUAGGUUUGAUGACUAUGUUGGUCCUAUAAUUUUAUAAAAUUUUUAAUUAGUUUUUUAUA